AUGACUCACCGUUCACCCGCCAAACCUGGACCUUCCACUUCACGCCCACGCGAUUCAGGGUAUGGUCCCAAUAUUCGCCAUAGAACACCCUCUCCAGGAAGGUCAGCUCCUCGAGGAAGAUCCCCAAGCAGAUCCUCAGAUCCAGGUCGUGAUCGUUCUCGAGGUGUUCCUAUGUCCAACGAUCGCCCAGAGCCACCCAGACGGUCAUCUCCACAUGCAAGGAAGCUCUCAGAAUUUUCAUCGCUAUCAUCAGCCUCGUCAACGUUUAAACGGCCUUCAACUUCACCCGCCACCGCGAUCGAACGAAGAAAUUCGGAUUUUUCCUCCCUUUCUGACACGAAUACUGGCGUCGGAAGGUCCUCUGAUGCGUCCAUGACCUCAACGAUUAGACGAACAUCAGUGGAAAGCAGUUUCAAAGUACCACCAGCUCCGUCCCAGCACGCCUCUCAACCAACACCACCCACACAACCUCCUGAGAAAAUCACGAUUCCUUUCAAAGUAACACCAUCUGCCUCGAAAACACCAACAGCGCCCCAAGUCUCACAGUUGCCACCGACUCUGCCUUCUCUAAUAACAACCGGCAUGACCAAAGUAUGCGAACCAAAAGCUGAACUUUCUCGCGAACAGAAGCAAAAACUGUGGAACCAACGCGUAGCUUCUCUUGCGAGCUAUCACAAGCACAAAACCGAAUAUCGAUCGUUAGCUGAAAGGAUCCGGGCGGUUGAGAUGAUCUUUGACUCGAGUAAGAUACGCUUACCAGAGAAGAAGCGACGUGAUUUGGAGAAAUUAAAGAAGAGGUUUGAAGAUGAGAAAGUAAUGAUGGAUAAAUCUAUGAGCCAGCUGGUUGAAGCCGAUAGUUGGCCGGUUGGUGGAGGACCAAAAUCGGAGGCGGAGGAGCUCAAGUUAAAGAAAGAAGCUGAAGAGGUGCACAUUCUCACCGAUCGAGCGCGGCAGUUGGAUAUCAGCCUCAAGAAGAUGUAUAGUUUGGUGACAGAUGAGGGGAAGGAAAAGGUAGAUGAGGACGAAGAUGUGCAAAUGAUUACAGACCACCAAGAGGGACUGUCUUCAAGGCCGUUGAAGCGGAGAAGGAAGCUUUCCACGAUAGGUGACCACACGGAGCCAGAUAGACCAUCUAUGGAGGAUCUCGAAGAGCUGGAAAACCAUUUGGGCCGUCUGGACGAAUCAGUUCUUGGUUUGGAACAUCAGCACUAUUCGAAGCAGAGCGAAAUUUUCGAUGAACUUGUUAACUUGUUGGACCCGUCCAACCAGGAAUACAGAGGUUUACUUUCCCCGGAAGCAUCUGAGAUGCAAGCCAACGUGGACAAGAUGGAUGUCGAAAUAAGGGAGGUGGCAGAUGAGACGGCGAAGGUGUUGACGGCCUCACAUAACACUGACAUGGAGAUAACACGACUCAACCAGGAGCUCGUCAAAGUUCAACAGGACUUUAUUGUCAUGACACAGCGAAUGCAAGAGUUUGAAAAACAACGAGAGAACGAUCAUCGGGAAAUCGAAGCUUUAGAGACUGCUCUUCAAAUGUACAAGGAACACCCACCCUCCCCUCCUGCAUCCCCAUUCCAGCCAGAGCAUGUCCUACCCAUGAUUGAAGAGCCCGUAACACAAGCCGUUCGUUCCGCAGUUCAAGAAAGGGGGGAUGCGCUACGGGCUGAAUUGGAAAAGACACUGGAGGACAGGAAUGAAGUACUGUAUCAGACCGUGUGGGAUAAGCUUGUCAUCACUGGGCGGACGGUUGAGGUGGUUAUGAGUCGCUUGCAAGAUCCUAAUCGGACGGGGGCCGCCUAG